AUGGAGAUCGCUUUGAUGCAAGCAAAGAAAUCUUGCCCAUUCAUUCAUGUGGCAUCCGCCUCCUCUCUUCGUAGACUUACGACUGGAAGCAGUGCUAGCCAAGCCAUGAGCCCUUUGAUGAACAAGGCCAAGCAAUGCCCCAUCAUGAGCAAAGCUAUCCAAUCUCGCUCCAUUUCAACCUCCAGUGUUGUAUCUCAAUCUCCUUCCAAGCCCGUAAAGGCAACUGCUGUCACCAAUCAUGGCCAGGGUCCCAUCCCCGCUGCUGCCACUGCUGUUUCUCAUCAGACCAAGAAGCAUUUCGAUUACGAAAGCUUCUAUCAGGAGGAAUUGGACAAAAAGCACAAGGAUAAAAGUUAUCGUUAUUUUAACAACAUCAACCGUUUGGCCCAAAAGUUCCCUCGUGCCCACACCGCUCGUGUCACCGAUGAAGUGACCGUAUGGUGUGCUAACGAUUACUUGGGCAUGGGAAGAAGUCCUGUAUUGACUGAUACAAUGAAGCGUACUUUGGAUCGCUAUGGCGCUGGUGCUGGUGGCACUCGCAACAUUGCAGGAAAUGCUGAUCUUCAUUUGCGUCUUGAGUCCGAAUUGGCUGAUCUCCAUCACACAGAGGGCGCGCUCGUCUUCUCCUCAUGCUACGUUGCCAAUGAUGCUACGCUCUCUACACUCGCUUCUAAGCUACCUGGCUGUGUCAUCUUCUCUGAUGCCUUGAACCACGCUUCCAUGAUUCAAGGUAUGCGCCAUUCAGGUGCUCCCAAGAAGAUUUUCCGUCAUAAUGACAUGGAGCAUCUUGAACAACUCUUGCAAUCUGUUGACCCCAGCGUCCCCAAGAUUAUUGCUUUUGAAUCUGUCUACUCCAUGUGUGGCUCCAUUGGUCCUAUCCGUAAGAUUGUUGAUUUGGCCAAAAAAUACGGUGCCAUCACCUUUUUAGAUGAAGUCCAUGCUGUCGGUAUGUACGGUCCUCGCGGUGCUGGUGUCGCUGAGCAUCUCGAUUACGAUUUGAAUGCUGCCAAUCCUACUAUGGGCAAUGGAAGUAUCUUGGAUGAGAUCGAUAUCGUUACUGGUACUUUGGGUAAGGCCUACGGCGUUGUAGGUGGCUACAUUGCUGGUUCUGCAUACCUUGUUGACAUGAUCCGUUCUUAUGCUCCCGGCUUCAUCUUUACUACCUCUCUUCCCCCUGCUGUCGUUUCCGGUGCUAUGGAAUCUGUCAAGUAUCUCAAGGAAUCCAGUGCUGAACGUAGCCUUCAACAAAUCAACACUCGUACCGUCAAGUCUCGUUUGGGUGAUAUUGGUAUUCCCGUCAUUCCCAAUCCUUCUCAUAUUGUCCCUGUUCUUGUGGGUGAUGCUGCCGCUGCCAAGUUAGCCUCGGAUGAACUCUUGUCUGAACAUGAUAUCUACGUUCAAAGCAUUAACUACCCCACCGUCCCUGUUGGCGAGGAACGUCUUCGUAUCACUCCCACCCCUGGCCACAAUGCUCCUAUGAUCGAUGAGCUUGUUCAUUCUCUUGACAAGAUUUGGACUCGUUAUGGCUUCAAGCGUCUCGAGGAUUGGUCUGCCCAAGGAGGUUGCGCAGGUGUUGGCGUUGAUAAUGCCGUUGAGCCUACUCCCAUGUGGACUGAUAAGCAACUUGGUCUUGACAAGGUUGUUGAUAGCCAACAAGCUGUUAGCAAUACAAACUAA